AUCACUUUCGCCAAAGCCAGAGCGGAUGGGAGUACCAAAAACCAACGAACGCCAUGACAUAUUGUAUUUUCGGUGUUAUCAUUAUUUAGACGCAAAUUCGCAAACUUGGCAUUAAAACAAACCCCUAAUCCCUAAUCUAUCAUGUUAAAAUUCCCGAUCGGAGACGCCGAUUCGAAGGAGAAAAUUUUCGUGUCAAACAGUUUUGGGGCUGUGGAUGGGGCCGAUUUAAUCCCAAUACACUGUGGGGGCAGAUUGAUUACACCCACUGUUUCAGUCAAUGAACUAGGAAAACAGUUACUGAAAGCGGCGGCUGAAGGCAAUGCCGAGGAAACCAGAGCGCUAUUAGACAGGGGGGCCCUCUUUACGGCCGAUUGGUUAGGGACCAGUCCGCUUCACCUGGCGGCGCGCAAUAACCACCUGGAAGUAGUGGAGAUCCUCCUUGCGGCCGGGAUUUCCCGCGAUGCUCGUACCAAGGUCGACAAGACUUCGCUCCACAUGGCUGCUGCUGAGGGUCACGUGAGCAUUGUUGAAACCCUCCUCGAGUAUGGCGCAGACCCCGACUGUCGUGAUUUGUUAGGGAUGACACCGUUGCAUUGGGCGGCCCAAAACGGCCACUUGGAAUGCGUCAAAGCCCUACUGAAGCACUACGCCCAAACGAACGUUGUUAAUAAGUUCGAUUUGACGCCAGCAGGUGUCGCUACGCAAAUAGACCGACAUGACAUAGUCGCCUUGAUUAAUAAGCAAAGCGGGGAGGUGGACGAGCCGACAAAUGCGGCCCAACAUUUGACCUUGGAGUUGAUGGAGAAUGGGGAUGAGGGAGGUUUGGAGGGGUUGGCGCAUGCGUCGGAGUCCAAUUCACCGAUUCCGCUAGAAACAAUUUUAAUGGAGGAUAAUGAAAGUUCGAUUGAUCCGGAAAAGCUACAUUUGAAUAAACAUCCAGAUGAGCAAAACCAAGACUUCUCCGAGUCGAUGAAAUUAUUACAAGAGCACGGAAUUACGAUGCUCCCGAAUGACGAUAGUAAUAUUUUAACGACAGUUAUGGAGACUGGACAUUCAGUUGUGUUAACCGAUGCUGGGAAACAAGUUUUGAACGCGUUUAAAGAGUCGGAACAGAAAGCAAAUUCCAUAAAUAAAAAAAUCAUAACUGUCACACCGCAAGAGUUUUUGUCGAUGACGUCAAGUUGUAGGAAUAAGUCGAAAAAUAUACUUAAACAAAUCAACGGACGGCUUGUACCAAAGAAUGUGAAACGGAUUGUGAUGAAGAAGAAUAAAGUGAUCCCGGUUUCGACUGUAAAUAAUAUAUAUAAAAUUUCGGGUCCUAAUGGCGUAACGGACAUGGAAACCGUGAUGACGCAGUUAAUCGAAGCUCGGAAAACGAUCGAAGAAUACAAAAUAAAGCUACUAAAAAAAGAGCAAGAAGCCGAGCGAUACAAACAGCAAUUAAUUAAAAUUAUUAAUGGAUGAUAGCUAGUAUCGCUGUUUUGCCAUAUUUUUAAUUGAUGGGUUAUAAAUAGCGCAAAAUUGUCCGGUUUUUGCCGGAAAUGUGCUGUUGGUGACUCGUUAUCUGAAGCGUAAUUAAACUUAAUUACUAUUUUUGUACAUUAAUAUACGAGUCUUCUUGUAUUUUGAGAGUGAUAAUUUGUGUAAUUUAUUUGUUUUGAAUUUUUUGUAAUGUUGUUGAACUAAUGUUGAUAAAAAAUACUAAAUGAGA